GGUGGCUCUCGUGUCACAGAAGGCGGCCAAUGGGAGCGCUGUCCACAUGCAGAAAAUGCCGAGGUGUGAAACAGAGAAAGCCAUUGCUGCCUACGAGAGAGCAAAAGCGAUGGACCCAGAAAACGCCGAGUUGGCCGUCCGUAUCGGACGCGCACUUGUGUCAACGCAUGACUAUCAACGUGCCGUUCGCUACUACCGUGACGCGGUUGCUUCAGAUGGGGUAAAUUUUACUGUUCUUGCCGAUCUUGCGACGCUCUAUUGGCGCCUCGGUGCCCCAGAUCACGCCAUUUCGUUGCUGACAGAGGCUCCGGCGCAUCAGAGUGAACCGGAUGUUGGGGAAACUGUCGAGCGUGCUAUUGAGCGCGUCAACUGUACACUGCUCAUGUGCAAGAUUUACCGGGACUCCCAGAAGCCAGAUGCUGCGACUGAAGCACUGCUUCGAGCGCGCGGUUUUCAGGAGCAUGUUUUGCACCACAUGAUGCGCAGCGAGACGCAAGAGACGAUUUAUCAGCAGAAGAUUGUCGCUGCAACCAUUGCGCUUGAACUGGGCGGAUAUUAUGCUUCUAUCGGCGACGCACAACGUGCAAAGGAAUUUUACCAAGAGGCGAGGAUGUACGAUGAAUCAAACGAAGAAGUUCUACUGGCAAUUGCACGGUUACUUCUUGAUGGUGGCGACGCAACUGCAUGUGAGGAGCAAUGCAAUGCCGUUCUUCGUAUUAGCCCCAAGUCCGAGGAGGCGGUUGUAAUACUUGCAGAUGUCAUGAUUCGCCAGCACCGUUUUGAUGAUGCGGCCCAACACUUUAGUCAAAUUUUGGAUGAAACCCCGGACAACUACAAGGCGUUGGUGCAAUAUGUGCGGUUGCUGCGCCAUGCCGGACGCCUUGGUGACGCAGAGAAGGUACUUGAACGAGCGGAGGAGCUCUUGCCGCUGGGUCAGCGACAUCCAUCGGGAUUGAGCUUUGCGCGAGGGUUGUACCAUCGUUAUUGCUACGAGAAUCUAGAGGCUCUCCGAGCCUUUAAUGCCGCACGGCUUCCUGUCGAUGACUCCCCGUGGAGUAUACCCGCAUUGACGAACAUGAUUGAGAUGUACCUCUUUUCAUCCAACGAGGAGCUGUGGGUUGACACCGUUCUGCGAGAUGAGGAUAAGAACGAAAAUGUUAGGAUUGCGGAGCGGUUGUUGCUUCAAAUGCCCGACGGGGAGUCGAGGGAUAUUCUUCAGGGUUAUUGCUGGAUGGCAAGCAAAAAGCGAUCCUUGGUGGAGCGGGCUAUAAAGGAGUUUAAGCAAAUUUGCGCCACGAGUGAGACGAUGCAACAGCACCAGGGGUCAUUCAAUGAUGAAAAGGAUGCCAAGGAAGAGGAGAAAGACGAGGAUGAACGACUGCUGAGUGAUGCCAACCGACCACCACAGGCUUCUGGCCGGCUGAAUGUCCCUGUCCGUGUUGGUUUGGCCAUAGCGUACUUCAUCGCGGGUCUUGAGAAGAAGGCGGCCGCCGAACUCAAGCGGAUUGUAUACAUGCCGUUUGACCCCAUCACAAUCGAUGCAGUUCACCGUGCUCGCCUGCUUGCUGCACACAUGAGCAUCCUCAGAGAAGAUCUCAAGAUGGCGCAGGGUAUUCUACAAAAGAACAUUGAGGUCAACAAGAGUUGUCCUCAGACUUGGCUUAUGAUGGGUUCCGUGCACGAAAUUGGGAUGAGUCAUGACGAGGCUGCCGAGUGCUACGAGAAUGCCUGGAAACUUACGAAGGAGCGUGACCCAUCGGUGGGGUACAAACUGGCAUUUCAUCGGAUGAAGUCGGGAAAGAUAGUCUCGGCAAUUGAUGUGUGCCGCAAAGUACUGGAGGUACAUCCCAGUUAUCCUAAAAUACAUGAGGUGAUGGAUGCGUGCUGCAGUCUUCUUCGUCCCUGA